AAGCAGAGACGAGAGCAAGGCACAAUUCGAAGGCCACAGUGAAUCUCAAUCUCGUUUUUCUUUCUCGAUGCUCAAAAAACAGUUCUAAAUCCUCGCAUUUUCAUUUUUGGUGUGCAUCAGUCAAGCUUUCUAGUCUACUCGUAUUGGAUAUGGAUUUGCCGAUUUUUUGUCCAGUGCAACGCUCUACUUUCUAUUCGUGUACCACUAUCUAUCCGUGCGGCUGAGUCCCAGCUUUUCUGCCACAGCGGCCUGACGUCGCCUACAUCACCCAAAGCCAUGUCUGCCUCAGCCUCGUCCCGAAUUUUCCCAUCGCUGAUGCGCAGUGGCUUUCUGCCCCUGCAGCGGAAUGCUGGUUUCGCGUCGACCUUGCAGCAAGAAGGCGCCAGAAGAGGAGCAGGAGCCAGCACGUCCUCGGGAGGUGGAAGUUUUUCUAAAACGGCGCUGCGCCCAGGUGGUUUUUGGACCAACAGCACAAUUUCUAGUGCGUAUCCAGCAAAUGGUGCCCAACCUCAGUGGCCUGCUCCUCGAGCAGGCAGUAGAUGUUUUUCCUCGUCAACUGCAUCAUCUUCCGAGGACAACAACAAAAGCAGCUACAAGCUCCUCUACGAAGUGAAUUGCCAGUUCAAAAACGCGGAAAUCAAGCAAAAGUUCGACGUGUGGCUCAAAACCGUCCACACGCAGAACGUCAUCAAGGCCGGCGGGCCGAAGUUUCUUUCCGCCGAGGUCUUCGACGUGGCCAGCAGCACCCGACCCGGGGACGCCAUAUCAAAUGUAAAAAUGUCUGGGUCUGGAAAAGUGCCAGACUUGUCAUGCAGGUUUUCCAUGACCCAUGAGGUCUGGUAUGUAGGACAUAGCAUGACAGAUUGUCUGAGAGUUCUAUCAUGCCUAUCCUGCAUGAGAAACUCCCUCCCGACUUGGUCAAAACUGGACGACUUUUGGUAAUCAUGCAACGCAGAUUUUUGCAUGCUUCAGAUUUAGCAUGACAAGUUCCAACCCUUCCAGACCCAGACAUUUUUGCAUUUGAUACGCCACCGUGAUGCACCAAACGGUAGUGCAUUACACGGUCGAGGACGAGCAGGCUUUGUUGGCGUACUUGGAGAACGAAGCCCCGCGGCUUCGAGCGGACAGCCUGAGCGUCGCGAAGCAGCCCGAAGAGUACACCGCGAGUCGGCGCGUGCUGAAAGUGAUGUAAAAGUGCAGUAACGAUGUCGAUGUGUUUUUUUUUGCUGUCGUUGCAUUUGUCCUGGCGGCAACUGUUAAUACAGUUUUUCAAUGUAGUUGGAGUUUUUUUGCACUUGCACGAAGAAACAAGGAACUUCAUUUACGCUGAGAUAUUUUCGAUGGCAAUCUUUCACAGGCAGGGUGCUCAGCACGAAUUUUCCAAUUCAGUUCCUUCCGAUGCGAAUUUUCCGUUUGGUAUGAAAAGUGUGAAGAAGAGAUGACAU